AUGGCUGGCUCUACUACAACCUUUGUGGCGGGUCAAAACCCCUUGACCGACAACCUCGCUCUGUUCUUGGUGCAAUCGUUGGUUAUCAUCUGUCUGUCGAGGUUCCUGGCGGUUGGCUUCCGAUACCUCAACCAGCCUCAAGUUAUCGCGGAAGUCAUUGGCGGGAUCCUCUUGGGCCCUUCUGCGCUGUCGAGAUGGCCGGCUUUCAAGGACAACGUUUUUCCCAAGGACUCCCUGCCCAGGCUUAGUCUAGUCGCCAACUUUGCGCUUAUCUUCUUCCUCUUUCUUGUCGGGCUCGAGCUGGAUCCCACCACUCUGAUCAAGAAAGCUCGGCAGUCAGCAUCCAUUUCGCUCUCUGGGAUCAUCCUUCCUUUUGCUGCUGGUGCAGGUGUUAGCAAGUUGAUCUACACCACCCUGUCCGACGAAUCCGUGCCUUUCUAUGCGUUCUUUGUCUUUCUAGGAGUCUGCAUGUCCAUCACUGCUUUCCCUGUCCUUGCCCGUAUUCUCAAUGAGACCAAGAUCCUGCGUCUGCCUGUUGGUCAAAUCACCUUGGCCUCCGCGGCGGUGGACGAUGCUGUCGCUUGGUGCCUCUUGAUUCUCACGGUCGCCCUCAUCAACAAUCCUAGCGACGCCAUCCGGGCCGUGUACGUUUUCCUCAUUACGAUUGCCUGGGCGGUCUUCUUGUUCGUGGCUGUACGCCCUCAGCUGCUCAAGAUGGUUCGCCGGAGAAGCUCUUCCGAAGGCGUUUCGCCCACUUCCCUCCUGGUCAUCUUCGUCCUUAUCCUGAUAAGUUCGUUUUUCACACAAGCCGUUGGGGUGCACGCCAUCUUUGGCGGUUUCCUCGUGGGGUUGAUCACGCCACACGAUCACGGCUUUGCCAUCAAACUGACCGAGAAGAUAGAAGAUUUUGUCACUAUUCUGCUCCUCCCUUUGUACUUUGCCUACAGCGGUUUGAGCGUGAACGUGUUCACCUUGGACGACGGUUCUGCGUGGGGCUAUGUCUUCCUGGUCAUCUUGGUUGCUUGCGGAGGCAAGAUCAUCGGAUGCACUGCCGCUGCUCGUAUGACCGGUUUCGGCUGGCGCGAGUCUUUGACGGUCGGAUUCCUCAUGAACACCAAAGGUCUCGUUGAACUGAUUGUCCUCAACCUCGGUCUCGAAGCCGGAGUCAUCAACCCAAAGAUCUUCACCAUCUUCGUUCUCAUGGCUGUUGCCACCACGUGCAUGACCACACCCAUUGUGAGCUGGUUGUACCCU